CCAGACAAAGCCAUUGGCCAUCUGCCCUGUCGCUCACUCUUGCGAGCGAGUCGAGUGGCUUUAAUAGUUCAUAUUAGAGAGUUUGCCCUGAGCCAAAUUUAACCAUGCGGCGUGUGGGUGGGUGCAGACAUGGUUGAGAGAGCAUCCAGCGGGGCUACGUGUGUGUUGUGGUCAGCGGAAGACCCCGGGGCCAGGAUCCUGAUUCCUGUCUGAGUUGUAUCUGAAGACGGAAAGACUUGAGUCAGUGGGUUGUUUGCCGGUGGUUGUGGCCAGCAGGAGACCACGUUUUCCUGUCCAUUCAUGGGCAUUGCUGGGGGCCCAAAGCCCCGUUUUUUGAACUGAGGCCUGUCAGUUAAGCGGAGAGGCCUCAUGGACCCUCAAAGGCGUGAUAUGCCUCACCACACGGGAUGUGUCAGCUGACGAGGAGCAGGUCUGAGAUCACACAGCCAUGGGGGACUGGAACCUGCUGGCAAAGCUUCUGGAAAAAGCCCAGGAGCACUCCACCGUGGUGGGGAAAGUGUGGCUCACCGUCCUAUUCAUCUUCCGCAUCCUGAUCCUCAGCGCGGCGACAGAGAAAGUGUGGGGCGACGAGCUGUCAGGCUUCACCUGUGACACCAAGCAGCCCGGUUGCGAGAACGUGUGCUACGACGUCACCUUCCCCAUCUCCCACGUCCGCUUUUGGGUGCUGCAGAUCAUCUUUGUGUCCACGCCGACGCUGAUCUACCUGGGACACAUCCUCCAUCUCGUGCGGAUGGAGGACAAGCACAAAGAAAGGGAAUUAGAGAGGGAGCGGGCACAAGCUGAACACCCAGACAAGCAGGCCCUCAUUGUGGAUGUUCAUCACAAAAAGGCUCUGGUGAAGGACAAGGAGGGCAGAGUGCGCCUGCAGGGGGAGCUUUUGCGCACAUAUGUUUUCAAUGUGAUCUUCAAAACCCUGUUUGAGGUGGGCUUCAUUGUGGCUCAGUAUCUCUUGUACGGCUUUGAACUGAAGCCCAUGUACACAUGUAACAGACCACCCUGCCCCAAUGUGGUAAACUGCUACAUAUCCCGGCCGACUGAGAAAACCAUCUUCAUCAUCUUCAUGCUGGCGGUGGCCUGCUUGUCUCUGUUCCUCAACCUCGUAGAAAUGUACCACCUGGGCUUCACCAAGUGCCGCCAGGGCAUCACCUUCAGGAGAAAUAGACAGCUGAGGGGGAAAGCCUCCAAGGAGCCCUGCGGUGACGCUGUGCCCUUCGCGCCGAGUUACGAUGACUACUUCCACCAGGUCCAGCCUGCCUACCCCCCAGUGCCCAGCUACAACCUCUCCCCUCUUUCCGAGGGCACAGAAUCGUCCUUCCACCCCUACCACAGCAAGGCUGCUUAUAAACAGAAUAAGGACAACCUAGCGGUGGAGAGGAGCAGCAGCAAGCCAGAGGAAUGUGACCUGAAAGGAAAGAAGGGAGCAGGAUCGGCCCCUGGGUCACCUACGCAGGCCCGGCCGGGCCGCAGUGCCAAGCACAGCAACAACAAGACUAGAAUAGAUGAUCUGAAGAUAUGAGGAGGUUUAUGUUUCUCUCAGGGGUCUUAAAAUGUUGUGAGAGGAUCAUAUGUUGUCUGGACACAUUCAUACAUGUCGGACUGACUUCCCUCUUUAAGAUGGCAGAGGUUUGACUCAUUCCAGCUUCGUGAGGGGAGUGACAUUUACUGGGCACACAAAGAAGCUGUGAUGUGGCUCAACAAAAAACAUUUCUAUCAACCGAGACCUAUUUUUUCUGUCCCAUAAUCAUUUACUCUUUUUUUUCUUUCUUUCUUAUUGUUGCAUAAAUGGUUUGUGAUACACCAUUUUUGGCAAAGCUCUUAUUUCAGUUGGUAUAUACAUCAAGUAUACUGUUCUUUUUUAAUUGAAUUGGUUUGUGUAACAUUUUACCACUCUUCGUUAUUGUCACUGAGAAUCUAACAGAAAUACCUUCUGCUCAGGUUUGGCUGUCAAGCUCAUCUUAUUUUUCUUUGUGUGAUGAUUGUGCUGGAACCUGGAGAGCAGAAUCCAGGACAGAAAAGGGUUCAGCCCUGACCUGCCCUCAUUUCAAGGAAACCAGAUAGGUCAAAUAGUUAAAUAUAACUUCCUUUAACUAUUCUGAAGUCACCAUCCAGCACCGUUCACUUGCUGCGACUUGUGAAGUGAAGAGUUACACAAUACCUAACACAUUGGACACUGGAGGGACUGGAAACUUAUUCCAGGACGCGCCUCAGAAGAAAUUGCCCUGGUCUCAGGAGUUCCCGCAUUUGCUUUCAAAGUCUCCUUUGAAAGCAAUAGCCAGCAAAUACAUAAUUAUAAGCACAUUGUCUUGUUUAUCCUUGUUUAUAUCUGUGUUUGUGUUGUUAAUUUUCUAAAAAGCACUUGGUGGCAAACGUGUUUGUUAAACUGUUUGAAAUAAACCUGUCUUAAAU